AUGAUGUUGUAAUGGUCCUCCAAUUACAGUGGCUACUUCCUCCUAGGAAUUGUCGUAGCGUAGCUCCACUCCAUAAGAAUAUCGAGUGAGGAACACCGACGCUUUUAGAACGCUGGCCAAGUUACUGACUGCAACUUUGUAUUACUUUGGAUUAUGAACGUUCGUUAAAUUGUAACAUUGCAUCAAUGUCGAAGGGCAAUGUCGGCUGAAACUGGAAUCUUGCUUUUGAAGGAAUCUAAACAAAUAGGCUAUUUUCGGUGAAUUUUCGGGAGAUGGCAGACUAGCCUGACUUGUGCUUUUAGCACAUAAGGUUACGUCUGCGCGUCCUCAACGCACUUAGUAAGUUUUACAUGUAAGGUCUACGAUGUUAGAUGACAUGUUUAUUCUGGUCUUCAUACUUCUGGUUUUACCCUCUUCCAGUGUGGAAGAUAAGGGCAGCGUGAGCGACUUUGAGUGUGUUUGCGACGGGCCAUCAUGCGACAGCGGAGACCGUUGUAUUGGCCAGCAGUGCUUCUCGGCCGUCUCCAUCCAGAACGCCACGUUCUUCCGACGGAAGGGGUGUAUUGUGGGGCGUGGCGAAGGGUCCAUAAGCUGCGGAAGUCCCCCGUCCCAUAACUUGACUGUGGAGUGCUGCCAUGGCGACCUUUGUAACAUGAACGUCACAGUGGCAGACCCAGAGAGAGAUGAGGAAGUGGCACCUGCCUUGCAAGACGAUGAGUGUGUGUGUGAGGGACGGUCAUGUGAGGGCAGCGAGCGCUGUACAGGCCAGCGGUGUUUCUCCUCAGUGAAGAUCAGUGACGGGUAUGUGGGUCACCAGAAGGGCUGCCUUCAGGAUGACGACCAGGGGAGAGCCACCUGCGCCAACCCUCCCUCUCCCAGCCACAUAUUCAAGUGUUGCCAGGGGCACCUGUGUAACAUGAACGUCACCGUGGAAGCACCAGCAAAAGAGGAGAAAGUGAAGUCUGCCGGCGAGCACGAGUGCGUGUGCAAGGGGCGGUCGUGUGCCACCGGGCAGCGCUGCAUGGGCCAGCACUGUUUCUCCAGUCUGACAGUCAGCGACGGAGCCCUGGUCUACCAGAAGGGCUGCUUCAAGGUGUACGAGCAGAGCAGAAUGACCUGCAAGACGCCGCCCUCCCGCGACCAGAUCGUGGAGUGCUGCCAGGGCCACCUGUGUAACAUGAACAUCACUGUGGAGCUGCCUGUUAUCGCAAGCAACCUGCCCAACUACAGCUUGACGACACUGGCCAUCGUCAUCGUGGCUCCGGUCAUCGUGCUGGUCGUCCUCUCUGGCAUCGCCAUCCUGGUGUUCAGACGCAUCCACCAGAACCAGAUGGAGAGGCUGACGGCCCGGGAAGCUGAGUACGGCACCAUAGACGGCCUCAUCGCCUCCAAUGUGGGGGAGAGCACACUGGCGGAUUUGCUAGACCACUCGUGUACGUCGGGAAGCGGCUCCGGACUCCCCUUCCUCGUUCAGAGAACUGUCGCCCGACAAAUCACACUCAACGAGUGUGUGGGUAAGGGGCGCUAUGGUGAGGUGUGGCGGGGCCAGUGGCAGGGGGAGAGUGUGGCUGUGAAGAUCUUCUCCUCCAGAGAUGAGAAGUCCUGGUUCAGAGAGACUGAGAUCUACAACACAGUGCUGCUGAGGCACCAGAACAUCCUGGGCUUCAUCGCUUCGGACAUGACUUCCCGAAACUCGAGCACCCAGCUGUGGCUGAUCACACACUUCCACGAGAUGGGCUCCCUGUACGACUACCUGCAGCUGAGCACCCUGGACACAGCCAGCUGUCUGCGCAUGGCCUUGUCCAUCGCCAGCGGCCUGGCACACCUCCAUGUGGAGAUCUUCGGCACCCAGGGAAAGCCGGCCAUCGCCCACCGGGACCUCAAGAGCAAAAACAUACUUGUCAACAAGAACGGCCAGUGCUGCAUCGCCGACCUGGGUCUCGCUGUGAUGCAUUUCCAAGACACAAACGAGUUAGACGUGGGCAACAACCCUAAAGUGGGCACGAAACGCUACAUGGCCCCAGAGGUCCUGGACGACUCCAUCCAGACGGACUGCUUUGAGUCCUUCAAGAGAGUGGACAUCUGGGCCUUUGGCCUGGUCCUGUGGGAGAUCGCCAGGAGGACGGUCAGCAACGGCAUUGUAGAGGACUACAAACCUCCCUUCCACGAUGUGGUGCCCAGUGACCCCAGCUUUGAAGACAUGAAGAAGGUUGUGUGUGUGGACCAGCAGAGACCCAACAUCCCCAACAGAUGGUUCUCAGACCCAACUUUAACGUCCAUCGCGAAACUUAUGAAGGAGUGCUGGUAUCAGAAUCCCUCUGCCAGAUUAACGGCGCUACGCAUCAAAAAGACUCUGACAAAAAUCGACAACUCUCUGGACAAAAUGAAAGCGGACUCUUGAGCUUGUUCCUCGUUGAUGCAGAGGGAGCGAAGACCUAUUGACCUUUUUAAAGAUGUCAGGCAGUUUGGUUUCCUGGACAACAUCCAGGAGAAAAGGGACUGGUUGGGCUCAGUGCUCGUGAAGUGGCACAUUGUAUUUAUUUGAAACACUCUUGGUGGGACACAUUUUGGCAUCCAAAGAUGGCUUACAGGGCAUUUAAAACACUGCCAAUAGUCUUGGAAAUGUAGGUGACUAUCACUUUAAAGACAUAGGAAUAUUGAACUAACGUUCUUCAAAGAAGACUGUUACCUGGGCAUUUGAGUACUGUUUGUCGAUUUAGAGCUACUCAUAUUUUUUUCUUUUUGACGCGACUUAAGUUUGAGAAACAUAUGAACGUAUUUCAUUCAGCAAUAUUGGCCGUGCUUUAUCGCUGUUAUUGCACUAGCAAUGUUUGCAUUCCCGACAUGCACGGUUGCGGAUGUAUUUGGGGAAAAAACACAACUUGCCAAAAACAUUUUAAAAAUAUAGGCCACGUGAACCCCAUAUCGUAACAGUAAUCGGAAUUAGGGAAACGUUUUUACGUUCUACUUGGACUGCAUCUCUUUGCACCACUGUUUUACGAAAUUGUUAGACCAAUUCUCUUGGCAUUUCGUCCAAGCUGUAACUUAUUUAGCUAACGCACUGUGUUGUAGGAUUGUGCUGCGGACAGUUGUAGGCCCUCUCUUUUAUUCGUCCUUCGGAGGUGUUGUCUUAACAUAUCCUGUCGUAGAGACUUUGUAUAUCACCACACAUUUUACAUUUAUGUACCGGUUCUUUUGUUUGGUUGUUUCAUCAGCUUUCUUGAGACAAAAUGCUAAAAGAGCAAAUAAAAUAUUUACUAGAUGACACUGAACUCAAUUCAUACAGGGGCACUAAUAUUGUCUUACGGCGUGCAUUGUCUAAGUAAUUGAGGUGGAACUUCGGGCUUUUUAAUUUCUUUAAUAUUUUAUAUCAAGGAGUGACUUCUAUUCAUUAAAUACAAAAAACAUA